CAAAUACUUAUACAUCUCAAAUAAGUGACAUCAAUAAACAGUUACACAAAAGAAGAGCUUCUUUAUUUGGUUUAUGGAAACAACAACUUGAUACAUUUUCCAGUGAUAAUAAUUUCCUCUCUCUCUCUCUCUCUCUCUCUCUCUCUCUCUCUCUCUCUCCCCCUCUCUCUCUCUCUCUCUCUCUCUCUCUCUCUCUCCUCUCUAACCCAACUAAAUCACCCCAUCCCCACCCCGGCUUUUUUCCAGUCUAUUUUUAG